AUGGACCCCAGAGCCCUCUGCUUCCUCACCUGCUGCCUGCUUGUCUGUGUCAUUUCAGCUGAAAUCCAGAAUCGUGGCAGAACUACGAAGGCUCAGAAAAAGAAGGGCCUCAGAGCAGCCAUCCCCGGAGAGGUGAAGCCCUCAGGACCCCCAGGCCAGAGAAAGCCCAAAUCAGUCAAGAACCAGAAGUCCCCGCAGACGAAGACCCCUGUGGAAGCUGCCGCCUCUGCGGCCCUAAGCCCCCUGCCCAGCUCCAUCCUGGUCCAGCCCCUGGAGCUGCGCUGCCUCGGGAGGGUGGUCCGCUGGAGGGUGCCUGUGUACCUGGAGGAGGAGGGCGAGGGACGCCUGAGAAUCAAGCACUUAUGUCAGCACAGUCAGCUUCUCGUGGUGAACUCCACCAGCGCCGACACCGGAGAACACAGCUGCUGGGCCUGGCGCUGCCAGGAUGGCGCGUGCACAGAAGGCGAGGCUCUCCACGGAAAGAGCUUCAUCUUCUUCACGGAUCCAGAGGAGCUCUUUGUCCCCACAGAGGAUUACUAUCAAGUGGUGCAGCUGCACACCCAUCAGCCAGACCUGCUUCCCUGCCAGGUCACCAACCCUCUGGCCCAUGUGACACUGCACCGGGAGUUCCCCCCGGAGGAGAUCCCUGUGGAUGGAAUGGACAUCUCCUUUGAUGUAAAGAAGGGCUUCAUCAUCCACUGGUUCCAAGCUUCCUUGUCCGGUUCCCUCUUCUGCAUGGCCAGCCUAGGUGGCAUGAGACAAAUCUCUACCAAGUACAUGCUGAUCUACAUCAACUAUCCAUCUUCCUCUCCCAAACCCACCAUCCAAGCUUCAGCCACAUCAGUCCAACUGGGGGAGAACUUCAGUGUGAACUGCACAGUUCUGGGUGAGCCAGAGAUUGCUGUGGACUUUAGUUGGGAAUAUCCAAGCCAAAAGUUGGGGCGGCCCCCCUACACCAGUGAGCGGGUCGACGUGGUACGCUGGGAGGGCCAGGUACAGCAGGACGCCGUGAGCACCCUCUAUGUGGAAGAGACCCAGGCUGGCGAUGCUGGCGUCUACACCUGCUGGGCCACCAACCUUCAGGGCACGGGCACUGCUGCCACCCGUAUCCGAGUGAUCCAAAGCCCUCAGCCUCCCUCCAAGCCCUGGCCCAUGUCGAAGGCUAGCCUUCACACCCUAACCCCAGGCCCCACCUCCGAGGCUGAGGCAGAACUAAGCUAG